CUGGGGGCAUCUCGUUCAGACAAACGGUAUAAAACUGCGCGCCCCGGUCGGAGAGGCAGUCGGAUCAUCUCCGGGGAGAGACCACAGCAUUGGGAGACUUCGCCGCAAACGAUGGCUACCCUCAAAAACCAAAGGAGCAGCACGCCAGUGAGAAAAUCCAAGUCCAAGAAGAAGAUGGAGCUCUUCACGGAUGUGCGCGGCCUGCCUUGCAUUGAGAAACUGGUGGCCUCAGUGGAGGACACACCUGAGCCCAUUAGCACCGACAUAACAGGAAGCAUCCCGGCCUGGAUCAACGGAAGCUUCUUGAGAAACGGGCCAGGGAAGUUCGAGAUUGGUAACCAGAGGUUCAACCACUGGUUUGACGGGAUGGCUCUGCUGCACCGGUUCAAAAUAUCGAGCGGGCAGGUGACGUACAAGAGCCGAUUUCUCUCAAGCGACAGUUACCAAUCGAACCGGGAGCACGAGCGCAUUGUGGUGUCGGAGUUUGGGACCAUCACCAUGCCGGACCCUUGUAAAAAUUUCUUCCAGCGUUUCCUGUCGAGAUUCGAGCUGCCGAAGCCCACAGACAACGCCAACGUGAGCUUUGUGACCUACAAAGGGGACUACUACGUCAGCACGGAGACCAAUAUCAUGCACAAGGUGGACCCCGAGACCCUGCACACAACCAAAAAGGUGGACUGGAGCAAAUUCAUCGCUGUGAACGGAGCGACCGCACACCCUCACACCGAGCAGGAUGGAACAACAUACAACAUGGGCAACUCUUACACCUCCAAAGGAGCGUACUACAACAUCAUCAGAGUACCCCCGACCAAGAAAGCAGAAGUAGAAACUCUAGAGGGAACUACAGUGCUCUGCUCGAUUCCUGCCUCGGACAAAACUAGACCCUCCUACUACCACAGCUUUGCCAUGUCUGAGAAAUACGUGGUGUUCAUUGAGCAGCCCAUCAAGAUGGAUCUGAUGAAGAUUGCCACAGGCAAGCUCAGAGGGAAAAGCAUCAGCGAGGGCUUCUCCUGGGACCCCAAACUCAACACCGUCUUCCACUUGGUCGACAAACAGACGGGCAAGCCAAGCCCCAUCAGGUACCUGGCCAAGCCGCUGUCCACCUUUCAUCAGAUAAACGCCUACGAGGACAAGGGCUUCUUGAUCAUCGACAUGUGCGCCUCAGAUGACGGCAGGGCGAUAGCGAACUAUAACAUCCAGAAUCUGCGCAAGUCCGGAGAGGCUCUGGAUGAGGUCUACAACACCCUGUGCAGAGUGUUCCCUUGUCGUUUUGUGCUGCCUCUUCGCGUCGAUCCUCACACGCCCUACAACUGCAACCUGGUUGACCUGCCCAGCUGCACGGCCACCUCCAUCCGAACGGGCAAGCAGAAGGUUUUCUGUACACAUGAGGACCUUCAUGGAGAAGAUCUCCAUCAAUACGGGGGUCUGGAGUUCCCCCAGAUCAACUAUGGAAAAUACAACACACGUCCGUACCGCUACUUCUAUGGCUGCGGCUUCAGGCACCUUGUAGGCGACACCUUAAUAAAGAUGGACAUCCACAGUAAACAAAUGAAGGUGUGGGAAUAUCCUGGUCUGUACCCCUCAGAACCAAUCUUUGUUCCUUCACCUGAAGCUGCUGAGGAAGAUGAUGGCGUCAUAUUGUCUGUCGUCGUCACUCCAAACCAGGAUAAGAGCACCUUCCUCCUUGUUCUGGACGCCAAGACCUUUGAGGAGCUGGGCAGAGCCGCCGUGCCGGUCAACAUCCCGUACGGCUUCCAUGGAACAUUCAAAGCCGCCGCAUAGCGGCCAGGCACAAAACUGAGGCGACCUCUGACCUCGCACCAUUAGGAGCCCUCAGCCUGCACUGUCAGUGGAAAUGCAAAUUUAGGUCACUUGUGCAUUGCUUGCCCAAAGAAAAGUAAGAGCAAACAAACAAACAAACAAAAAAGGAAUCCAGCCAAGUCUAUUUUGAGCUGUGCUGAUUCUGGAAAGCCGAUUGUGCAUUUUUUGUUCUUUUUUUUGUUCUUUUUCUUUUUUUUAGGAAGCGAAACUUGGAUUUGAGACAGUGUGCUGACAAUAAAGUCCAGUUAGUUUAAUCACUUUUUACUGUUUCUUUUUGCUUCUUUUUUUUGGCAUUUUGUUAUAAUGGCUUAUUUUGGAAAAAGCUCAUGAAUGUGCAUUUUCAAAUACAUGUGUGAAACGUAGUUAGUACUGUCUGAACAAAAAUAAAAAAUUGAUCAAACUCCUGUCUUUUGUUGGUCUUCCAAACGCUUUUCUUAACAAAAGGGGGUAAUUGCACAAAAAAGAUCUGCUAGUGCAAACUAUCCUGACCUCAUGUUCUAAAAACUCACAGCCACUUUGAGGCAAAAAUUCAAAAUCAUUGAUGUCACACCUCCUGCUGGCCAGCUGAAGAGCUUCGUAUGGCUGGCAGCAAACCCUGUAAUCUUCGGCAGCUUUUUCAUAACAUUUUCUUUUUUUUGAUCAGUCUAGAUAAAUAUACAUAUUUUUAUUUUUCAAGAAUGUGCUUGUAACCAAAUUAAUGGAAACACUGGUUUUACAGAACAAGAUUUGAGCACAAAAUAGUUUUAAUACUACUAAUCUAAACUGUACUCACCCAUUGAUAAAUAAAACAACAUUCAAAUAAAUAUCUAUAUCCUACUUAUGCAUUUCAGAGUCCGUCUAAGUGAAUGUCUUAGUACUCAGAUCACAUUCCAGAAAUGAAAAGAAAACACAGACUGGUUGUGUUCAGUUCCAACAAGCGACCAACUUCUAUGAAACAAACAGGCCUGUUUUAUCAGCUUUGGUCAACGUUACCAAAGUUUCCUGCCACAGAGUUAUCCCUGCAGCUUCUCGGAAAUCAGAGCCAACGUCUGCCUCAGGCGGCUUUUCUUUUCCUUCAGGUAGGACUCCAGGUUUUGGGCCUCUGUUAAAAUAACCUCCAGCUCCUUCAUCUGGGAGGUGUCUGCUGAUGCUCUCUCGCUUAGGACCUCUGCAAAUUUCGUAACCAGCACGCUGACUUCUCUACUUGCACCUGCAACUGUUGCCUCAAACGAAUCGGCUGGAUGGAAAGUCGAUGCUUCGGGUGGAGUUUUUUUCUUCUUUGGUGGAGACUUGUCUUGAUUCGACUGUGUGGAGUCCAUUUCUUGGGAAGUUGUCUGUUUUGGCUCCUUGUGACUAUUUACUGUCUGUUUGUUGACCGUUGGUGGCAUCAAUUUCCCUGCCAUCUGUGUUAUGCGUUUCAUUGUCGAGAACUGAAACUUAGAAGUCAACCGUCCGUUAUUUCAUUGCUUCACUGUGUACAGCCAAAUAGACGUUACUCUGAUUUACUACGUCCCCCGGUAAUAGCGC